UGAUGUCGGACAACGAGGACAUCUUUGAUGGUGACGACUUUGAUGAUGUGGAGGAAGAUGAAGGGUUAGAUGACUUGGAGACCGCUGAAGAGGAGGGCCAGGAGAACGUUGAGACCCUCCAAUCUGGAGAGCGGCCACAGGCCAACCAGAACCGGAUCACCACGCCAUACAUGACCAAAUUCGAGCGAGCCCAUGUGCUGGGCACCCGAGCCCUCCAGAUCGCGAUGUGCGCCCCUGUGAUGGUGGAGCUGGAGGGGGAGACGGACCCUUUGGUCAUCGCCAUGAAGGAACUCAAGGCCCGGAAGAUCCCCAUGAUCAUUCGCCGCUACCUGCCCGACGGGAGCUACGAAGACUGGGGGGUGGACGAGCUCAUCAUCACAGACUGA